GUCACAUCGUGUCGUGUCCGUGCAGGAAGGGUUUCGGUAGCUAGAUCGCCAGCGCACAGCGGGCCAGCUUGAGUCACGAGUGUGACUGACAGCGCCGAAAACAAUGCGUGAGCUCGUUCUGGUGGCCGCCCUCAUUCUCUGCUGUGCACUGCACUUGGUGACGUCAGCAACCUUCGGCGGUGACGACGACGACACGUCCGAAUCACGUGAUCAAUGGCUCCAAAGCACUUCCGACCAGGAACCCGACGAGACGAACAAAUACAGCCUGCCGUGGAUGGGAACACCGCCGUCUUCUGGUUAUUACCGCUGGCACGAUGACCUCAUGCGCCGGUCUCUCAGAUCGACGGGCGGCCGCUACACGGCGGGCGAGUUGGUCGAGAUGCUGCGCAGGUUGGCCGCGUCUAGGAAGCUGCGACAGGUGCGCGUCGCCAACAAGGCCAUCCGGUUCGGCAUCAGCAAGAGGUCCCUACGGCAGCGCUUCUAGGCCGACCACGGCUUUUCUCGUCUGCUCGGUUUCCUCCGCCGCCGACGCCCUCACUGUGUAACCGAAGGAGGCUGUGACAUCGCCACGACUGUACACACGACCUCAAAGAGUGUUAGUGAUGAGUACAAACAGAUGGCGCGGAGGUAGUUGCGGACUUCGAAACACUGCUGUAUACGGAAGUCGCCGACGAUGUCACAGCCUCCUCCUUCUAUGCCGGCACGCAAUGAUUCGCUGCUCGUGGCCCACGCUGUGUUCUUCCAACGUCGUUCCUAAAAGAGGCAACCACAUGUAGCGCUUUUUCGAAGCUAACCUGGCGUCUGCAUCUUGUCGUGAGAUUUCUGUACCAAAAAA